CACAAGUUUCUUAUCUUCUACUCCCACUAGAUUCUAUUCUACAAAAGAAACUUCAAUUAGGUUCACAACCUCCACACACUUCCAAAAACAAGAACCCUAAACUCUAAAGUUUCUUUCUUUCUUCUUCUUCCUUACAGGUUUCUUGUUCUUGAAAUUAGGGUUAAUUACUUUUUUUUCCUUCACUUCUCCGGACCUUAAAAAUUCAGAUCUUUCCUCAGAAAAAAGAGAUACCCAACUCGUGUUUUUUGUGUGUGUCUGAAUAUAGAUAAACGUCACAUAUAUCCAUAUAUUUGAGUGUGUAAAAGAGGGAAAAAAAAGAAAAAUGGGAAGGGGAAGAGUAGAGCUGAAGAGGAUAGAGAACAAGAUCAACCGACAAGUAACGUUUGCGAAGCGUAGGAACGGAUUGUUGAAGAAAGCUUACGAAUUGUCUGUUCUUUGCGAUGCUGAGGUGGCUCUCAUCAUCUUCUCCAACCGUGGCAAGCUCUAUGAGUUUUGCAGCUCCUCUAACAUGAUCAAGACACUGGAACGGUACCAGAAAUGCAGUUAUGGUUCUAUUGAAGUCAACAACAAACCUGCCAAAGAACUUGAGAAUAGCUACAGAGAGUAUCUGAAGCUUAAGGGUAGGUAUGAGAGCCUUCAGCGCCAACAAAGGAAUCUUCUUGGGGAGGAUUUAGGACCUCUCAACUCAAAGGAACUAGAGCAGCUUGAGCGUCAACUAGAUGGCUCUCUCAAGCAAGUUCGCUCCAUCAAGACACAGUACAUGCUUGAUCAGCUCUCUGAUCUUCAAAGCAAAGAGCAAAUGUUGCUUGAAACCAAUAGAGCAUUGGCGAUGAAGCUGGAUGAUAUGAUUGGUGUGAGAAGCCAUCAUAUGGGAGGAGGAGGAGGAUGGGAAGGCAAUGAACAGAAUGUUUCGUACGAGCAUCAUCAAGCUCAGUCUCAAGGACUAUUCCAGCCUCUUGAAUGCAAUCCUACUCUGCAGAUGGGGUACAACAAUCCAGUAGGCUCGGAGCAGAUAACUGCAACAACACAAGCUCAGGCGCAGCCAGGGAACGGUUACAUCCCAGGCUGGAUGCUCUGAGUGUCACAUUCUGAGAGUCAAAUGUGAUCAAACUCACCAACAAAAGAUCCGUUUUAAGUAAUAUAAAUAGUAGUAUAGAACACAAGACUUGGAUUUAUUUAUAUAAUUAAGUGGCUAUGUAUAUUGUCCUAAGGAAUCUGCAAGACUUGAGUGUCUUCUGGGAAACCUUGCUACAUUUAAGGAUUGAAAUGUGUGUGUGGAACUUGUUCUGAUUA